AUGAAGGCAUACGAAAGCAAUAAUUGGAUAUGUAAAGGUUGUGACCAAUUCAACGGAUUUACACCCGAGGGGGAUAUCGACGUGUAUGCUGCAUACAAACGCGAAUCAAGAUUCUGCAUGUCUGUGAAAGCUCCAGCUCAGUACGAAGCUCCACAACUGUGCCCGAGAUGCCGAGCCCUGCCAGAAGUAAAAGCCAGACUUUUGAGGGAAUUCACGCCUUCCUCCGAGGCAUUUGAAGAUAAAGAAUACGCUGAUUAUGAAGGAAAGCUAGAAAAAGAGUACCAGCGUUGUAUUUACUGCCAGACGAAAGUCGAAAGUUAUUACAAGAUUCAGCAAAAAAAGUACCAAAAAUCGACCGAUAACAAACCGACACGUAAUCAAACGGCCCGCUGUUGUUUUUAUCCUUAUAAAAAAUAA